ACACCUGGACAUUGAAUAGUAGAAGGCAUCUACAUUGCGGAUCGCGCCCGAAUUCCCGAAGCCACCUACUGGCGCCCGGCAAGCCUUUGACCCUACUCAACCCUCUCCGCCUCCUCCUGCCUUGCCGCACUCCGAUUUUCACCGCCGCGGCCGCCGUUCCUUCCACGUAGCAGUCCGCCCAUACACAGCACCGAGAGCAUUGAGCGCACUGCUGUCGCCCGGAGCCAUUGCGGCACAACAACGAGAGACUGCGCAGACGUGUAGCAGGCGAAGCUGCUAAGCUGGCAACAUGGCGACCUUCCUAGAGAGUGCAUACAGCUUGGUCCACCAGGACAACGCCGCCGACGUUCCUUCUCAAAAUGACCUCAAGAACUCCUUGGAGAAGGGCUCGGACGAGCAGAAGAUUGAGACCAUGAAGAAGAUCCUCUCCAUCAUGCUCAAUGGCGACCCCCAGACUGGCUUGCUCAUGCACAUAAUACGAUUUGUCAUGCCCUCCAAGUCGAAGCCCUUGAAGAAGCUCAUGUACUUCUUCUUCGAAGUGUGCCCGAAAUAUGACGCCCAGGGGAAGCUGCGUCAGGAAUGGAUCUUGGUCUGCAAUGCCAUCCGAUUCGACUUGCAAGCACCUAACGAAUACGUGCGGGGAAACACAUUGCGUUUUGUGACGAAAUUGCGGGAUGCCGAGCUUGUAGAACCACUUCUUCAGCCCGUCCGGCAAUGUCUCACGCAUAGACACGCGUACGUGCGAAAGAACGCAACUUUCGCGAUCGCAUCCAUCUUCACACAUCUACCCGAGCUUCUUCCAGAUGCUCCUGAUCUUCUCGUCACAUUCCUCGAUGACGAGAACGACGCGACCUGCAAGCGCAACGCUUUCGCCGCUCUCGUUUCCAUCAGCCACGAAAAGGCUUUGGAGUACUUGAGCACGGUCUUCGACUCGAUCCCCAACCACGAUGAGCUGGUUUUGCUCGCCGAGUUGGAAUUCAUUCGGAAAGACGCCCUCACCAACCCAUCGAACAAGGCGCGGUAUCUGCGAUUGAUCUUCGAUUUGCUCGAGUCCAGCGUAUCCACAGUCAUCUACGAAGCUGCGCACGCGCUCACCACUCUCACUUCCAAUCCCGUGGCCGUAAAGGCAGCCGCAGGAAAGUUCGUGGAAUUGGCAGUCAGGGAGCCUGAUAACAACGUGAAGCUUAUCGUUCUGGAGCGCGUGGACCAACUCCGCCAGAAGAACGAGGGUGUGCUAGACGAUCUCACCAUGGAAAUUCUCCGUGUCUUGUCAAGCCCAGACUUGGAUGUCCGGAAAAAGGCGCUCCACAUUGCAUUGGAAAUGGUCACAAGCCGCAAUGUCGAAGAGGUGGUCCUGUUGCUCAAGAAGGAACUGGUGAAGACUGUCGACGAACAAUACGAGAAGAACACCGAAUAUCGCUCACUGCUCAUCUCCGCCAUUCACCAGUCCGCUAUCAAGUUCCCCGAGGUUGCUGCGAGCGUGGUCGGCUCACUCAUGGAUUUCAUCUCCGAUGUUAGCAGCAAUGCAUCAGCCGUGGAUGUUAUUUCCUUCGUAAAAGAAGUCGUAGAGCGUUUCCCAGAUCUCAGGGCCUCCAUUGUCCAGCGACUCGUCACAACUCUGGGCGAAGUCCGCGCAGGAAAGGUCUACCGGGGUGUUCUUUGGAUUAUCGGAGAGUUCUCGCUGGAAGCCAAGGAUAUCCGUGACGCAUGGCGAGGUAUUCGAGCAUCACUCGGUGAGAUUCCUAUCCUGAGUUCCGAGCAGAGGCUGCUGGACGAGGCCUCGGAAGGCAAGGAGCCUGCCGAGCAGGUCAACGGACACGCAAAACCUGCCGCACCCUCAGGGUCUCGCAAAGUGCUUGCAGACGGCACGUACGCGACGGAAAGUGCCCUUACAUCUUCUGCUGCUGCCAAGGCGAAACUCGAAGCCGUCAAAAACUCCCAGAAGCCACCGCUCCGCCAGCUUAUCCUCGACGGCGACUACUACCUUGCGGCUGUGCUAUCUAGCACCCUUACUAAGCUCGUCAUGCGCAUUUCAGAGAUCUCACAGGACACUGCACAGACUAAUCGUCUAAGAGCAGAGGCUAUGCUCAUCAUGAUAUCCAUCAUUCGUGUCGGUCAAUCUCAGUUCGUGAAGACGCUCAUUGAUGAGGACUCCGUUGACCGUAUCAUGUCUUGCGUGAGGUCACUUUCCGAGUUCGCGCAAAAGAAAGAGCUUGAGGCCGUCUACCUCGAAGAUACGCGGAAGUCUUUCAGGAUCAUGGUCCAAGCGGAGGAAAAGAAGCGGGCAGCGAAGGAAGCAUCCGAGAAGGCGAAGUCUGCGAUUAAUGUCGAUGACUCUUUCUCGAUAAGACAGCUUAAAAAGAAAGAUGCAGAAGGCUUGGACGAGGUCGCAGAAGAUCUUGAAAGAGCGACUGGCGGUGACACAGCUACAGAAGAUCUCACAUCGAAGCUUAGCCGGGUGCAGCAGCUCACUGGCUUUUCGGAUCCGGUGUAUGCGGAAGCCUAUAUCAAGGUACACCAGUUCGACAUUGUCCUGGACGUACUGCUAGUCAACCAAACAACCGAAACUCUCCAGAACCUUACCGUGGAGUUCGCUACCCUUGGCGACCUCAAGGUUGUCGAACGACCGCCCACGCAAAACGUUGGCCCGCACGACUUUAUCAAUCUCCAAGCUACCAUCAAGGUCUCUUCGACAGACACUGGCGUCAUCUUUGGUAACAUAAUAUACGAAGGUGAGAAGGGCGUCGACUCCAACGUCGUCAUCCUCAAUGACGUGCACAUCGACAUCAUGGACUACAUCAAGCCGGCCUACUGCACGGAAACUCAAUUCCGCACAAUGUGGACUGAGUUCGAGUGGGAGAACAAGGUUAACAUCAACUCUAAGGCGAAAACACUACGCGACUUCCUUAAGCAGCUAAUGGCAUCAACCAACAUGUCUUGCCUGACACCAGAGGCAAGUAUGAAGGGGGACUGCCAGUUUUUGUCUGCGAACUUGUAUGCCAGGAGUGUGUUCGGUGAGGAUGCGCUGGCCAACUUGAGCAUCGAACAGGAGGGCAGUAACGGACCGAUUACAGGUUUCGUGAGGAUUCGGUCGAGAAGCCAGGGUUUGGCGCUUAGCUUGGGCAGCUUGAAGGGGUUGAAUAAGUGAGCUGCUGUGGCUCACAUGCAGAGGUUCCAGUGAAGAGAGUUUACGAAAUAAGGAUUUAGAUGCGUCGCGUACACUGUACGCUGAGGUGCAUGGUCGAGUGCAAAUCCACAACCAUCGUGGAUGUAGAGAGUAUUGAGAUGUUUGUAGUGUUGAGGUAACUUGAUAUUCAAGGCAUAAAGGCUUCGGCAU